AUGUUAAGGCGAACUUUGCAUACUGGUAGAAUUUCAAAGAACACGACGAAAAUCUGGUCAGAUUUCGGCCAAAGACCAGAGUCUUUAUCGAUAUUAUCACCCGCGGUGAAAAGAUGCGUUUUGCAAGGUACACCAGGCAGUGGACCGCCAUCGAUCAAGAGAAGGUUUAAUCGAGUGAAAUAUCGGUCUCCUGAGAAGAUCGAUCAGGUUUUUAAGACUUGUUACGAAUUUAUGGAGUCCAGAGCCGCGAAAAAGUAUGAACAGCUUGCGCAGGAGACCGAUGCGGAACAACGUGAGAAAUUGGCUACUGACGCGGAAUUGAACAAUCCAGAAGUGAUGUACAACUUUGAAUUUAGUGAUAAGCGCGAGAACAAUCCACGACUUAUCGAUUAUGAACAACCCGUCUACCGUCAUUUGGGACGUCGUCAUUGGGAAUCCUAUGGCCAGAUGUUGCUCAUGCAGCGUCUGGAAACUCUGGCAGUCAUUCCAGACACAUUGCCGACUCUCGAGCCUCGAGCAGAAAUAAGUGUACGUUUCCCAUUUUCUACGGGUGUCAAUAAAUGGAUUGAGCCGGGAGAAUUGCUGUCUUCAAACGUCACUUGGCUACCACCUGUGAUCAAAAUCCAAGAAUUUGAUCAGGUUGAUCCAAAUUCUCAGCUGUAUACUGUGCUUGUCGUGAACCCUGACGAGCCGGACCUUACGUCAGAUUCUUUCCACACGGUGCUGCAUUACGGAGUUGCUAAUGUCAAAAUUUCCUAUAACGACAAUGUGGUAGAUUCUCGCAAGUUCGACAGCAACUCGCUGCUUGCAGAAUAUCUUGCGCCGGUGCCCGAGAAAAAUGCAGGCGUACAGCGUUUCGCGGUUUGGGUUUUCCGUCAACAAGGUGCGCUAGAGUUCAAAGAACCUUUACAGCGAAUUGGCUUUAAUAUCCGGGAGUUCUCGCGUCGCAACGGACUUUUGCCCGUGGGAGCCCACAUAUGGCGCAGUCAAUGGGAUUCCAACGUUCCUGCGGUUCGUGAGAAAUACGCUUUACCUCCGGGCCGCGUUUUCCACAGGGUUCGUAGACCAUCGCACUUGUAA